AUGGUUGGCCGCGAGCAUGUUAUGGGCCUCGCCAUUGGGAAUGAGCUAGAGCUGCUGUACAAUCAUGCUGGCACCGAGUGCAUACGAGAGCUGUGGUCGGGCGGCCGGCUAUGGCAAACGUUUCAGUCACGCGUGGCGGAAUUUGAUCAAAUGGGUUUUUCGGGCAUACCUGUGACAUCAGUCUUCACGGCAGGCGUCUUGACACGAAGUCCGGUGGUGCCAUUCUUAGAGAACCCAUCGCAGGGCCUGGUGAACACAUUUCUUCAGCAGGCCGUUCGCAAGUACGGCAAACGAUAUGCCUUCACUUUCAAUGUGUAUCCAUACUUCGAUCCGAACCUCCACUUGGACCCUGGCACGAAGGACAAGUGUGACCUGGACCUUCCACGUGUGACAUGCUGGGACAAGCCGACUUGCCUCGGUCCGAACAUCAUGGCAUCAGCCCGCAAGCAGAUGCACUUUCUUACUCGACGCUGGGACGACCUGUUCUGGAUCGGCGAAAUUGGUUGGUCCUCGCCACAAGCUUCGCUUCUUGGUACAAACAUGGCCGACUGUCCACAAUUUUCAUCGUUGAACACUUUCCAGACAUUCUACAACGGCUUCCUUGAAUGGGACCUGACGCUGCCCCAGGGCGUCCCCGCGCCCGACCAUAUCUUCUACUUCACCUUGCGCGACGCGCUGAACUUUGGGAACCAGGAGCACUUCGGUCUCCUGACUUCGUGCCUCUCGCUCGGCUGCAAGAUCGCCACACCCAGCUUCCGGCCGCAGUCCUGCCCGCUGCCGAAGCCCAAAAAUCCGCUUUCGUGGCAGGUAUGGGGCUUUGCCGCACUCGGUGUAUUGCUUGCCCUGAGUGGAGCCGUCACUUGCCUAUACGUGCGAUGGCCCAAUGUGAAGAGCAUGGUACGCAGAGAGCCAAAGAGUAGCUCCAAGCGGCGUUUGAAGGAGGACACUCGAGCUGCGGAAGACAGCGAUUCUUCCGAGUGA